GUGCCCAGGCAUCUUUACCCAAGACGCUCUCUAGACCACUCAACAUCCUCUUCAACUCCCGCUUCACCUGCUCGGUCUCUUUCCCAGCCACCCGCAAUAUCGCUCCGUCGUUCUCUGUCUGACUCAACGACCACAAAAGCGUCUCUGCCACGAUUUGACGCGUCUGGGAUCCAAAGAGUAACACCGUUGCAUAACAAGGAUAUGGAUGCAUCUUCUGUGCUAGUGUCCGCUUGGGGAGUUUGUCGCUGGGACGAUCUGGUUCGUUUUCUAACACCAUGACAUCGCGGACAACGCGUUUCCCAUCUAUCACCACUUCAUUGACGCUGCAAUAUCGAGAGAACACCCAUUCCUCUUCGAGCGCCUGCCGCCCGCAGGUGAUCCAGUCCACUGCGACCAGGGACGCGUCGUGCGGUAGAG